ACCAAUCUUCUCCUAACAAACGAAAAUGACAGCCAAAGCCCAUAUCCGCUCAAACUGCUUCCCUUCGAGGACUCACCCCGUGAUCGAUAAUGUGGACGAGAAGCUACUUCGGCUCCGAUCCUCCAAAGCAGCAUCCUCCUCAUCCUCAGCCUCAUCAGUAUGCCAAGAGUUGGGAGGCCUUCAGGGUCUAUACGACAGCAUAGAUGACUGGCUCCGGUUGUCUCAGACACAACAGGUCCUCUCCCAUCAAAACAGGAAAUGCAUGGAGGACUUGUUGGAUGGAUCUCUGAGAACGUUGGAUGUUUGCGGGACACUCCGGGAUGUUCUCUCGCAGAUGAAGGGAUCCAUUUAGGAAUUGGAGUCGUGUUUCCGAAGAAAGAGAGGAUCAGAUUCCAUCUUGGCAAGUGAAGUCGAAUCAUACAUCAUGUCGAGAAAGAAGAUGAGGAAACUCGUCUCCAAGACUCUGGAGAGUUUGAAAAAGUUGGAGAAGCAAAGCAACCUAAAGAAGUCAGCUGAGGAGAAGGAUGAAGCUGAUCUUAACAUACUAAGAGAGGUCGAACAGAUCAACAUCUCAGUGUUUGAGUCCCUCCUCUGUUUCCUUUCUAGGCCGAAGGCAAGGUCUAACGGCUGGUCUGUGGUCCCAAAACUGAUGUGGUCUAAGAGCAUUUCGUGUGAGGCAGUAGCAGAUGCCGCUGAAGUGGAGGACUUGGAUAAUGAAUUGCUUGCUCUAAAAUCAGGCAAAGUAAACAGCACUCAAGUACAUGCUGCACUGAAGCAAACAGAGGCAUUAGAGUCGAGCAUUCAGGAAAUCGAGGAGGUUUUGGAAUGCAUUUUCAGGUGUUUGGUGAAAACACGAGUUUCCCUCCUCAAUAUUAUCAGCCAUUAAGACAAUUUUUAGCUUGUAUAGCAUGUUGUAUAUAUAUGAGCAAUCAAGUGUAAACUGGUGAAUACUUAAUCAGAUUCUCUAUCCUUCAGUCCUAUCAAA